AGGAAUCGGGAGAGUAAACAGAGAGAGAAGAAGACUAGAAGGAGUUGGUGGUGGUGGUGGUGGUGGUGGUGGUGGUGAUGACGAUGGAUAGAGAGAAGGAGAGAGAGAUUGAGCUAGAGAGUGCAAUGUACACCAACUGCUUGCUGUUAGGUCUCGAUCCGAACGUAAUCGGGCUGGGAGCAUCCAACGGCACGCCUCGGGUCGGACUCUUCCGUCACUCAAACCCUAAACUCGGCGAACAGCUUCUCUACUUCAUCCUUUCUUCGCUUCGUGGACCUACUCAAUCCGCCAAAGAUUUCGACAAGGUUUGGCCGAUUUUCGAUUCUGCGCAAUCUCGUGAUUUCCGUAAGGUUGUGCAAGGGAUUAUUAGUGAGCUCGAAUCGCAAGGGGCGCUCCCGAGGAGUAACUCGAGGGUUUCUUCGCUUGCUACGUGUUGUGGACCAAGGUUCGUAGAACUUUUAUGGCAACUUUCCUUGCAUGCACUAAGGGAGGUCCAUAGACGGACGUUUCCUGCAGAUGUAGCUUCUAAUCCUCUGCCUGCUUCACUGACAGAUGUAGCUUUUUCCCAUGCAGCUACAUUACUUCCCAUUACAAAGGCUAGAAUAGCACUUGAACGAAGGAAAUUUCUUAAAAAUGCAGAAACAGCAGUACACAGACAGGCUAUGUGGUCAAACCUGGCUCAUGAAAUGACUGCAGAAUUUCGUGGUCUUUGUGCUGAAGAGGCAUAUUUGCAGCAAGAGCUGGAAAAACUUCAUGAUAUGCGGAACAAAGUGAAGAUGGAAGGAGAACUGUGGGAUGACCUUGUAUCCAGUUCAAGUCAGAAUUCUCAUUUAGUUUCAAAAGCUACUCGCCUUUGGGAGUCUAUAUUAGCUCGUAAAAGUCAACAUGAAGUUCUUGCUUCAGGUCCAAUUGAGGAUUUGAUCGCUCAUCGGGAGCAUAGGUACCGCAUAUCUGGAUCAUCUCUACUUGCUGCUAUGGAUCAGAGCUCUCAGAUUCCUCACACGGAUAUCUUAUCCAUCCAGUCUAGUGAUCUAGCUUCAGCACAUUUUGAUGACAAGGAACAGAGUGAUGGAUCAUAUGGCAAUGUGCAUAGAGAAAAGUUAAAGAACAGUUUUGAUUCAUCCCACUCACAGACUGAUGAAACACUUUCUCGAAUGGAUGAUCGAGGUGGAAGGGUUCACCAGACGGUUGAUGUAGCAGAAAUUAUUAGGCGUUGGACGCAUGCAUUACAACGUAUUCAUAAACAGUCACUUCAUCUGGCAAAAGCUAACAACGGAGAGGGUCCAGAUAUUUUACAAAAUGCACAUGAUGGUGGUACAAGUGGCCAUGCAGAGUCUUUAGCUGCAACUCUUGCUGAACACCAACAACAUUUAGCAAGUUUUCAGGUGCUUAUUAACCAACUGAAGGAAGUUGCUCCAGCCAUACAAAAGUCAAUAUCAGAGUUUACAGAGAAAGUUAAUAGUAUUCCUUCCACUCUGCCUUCCUUCUCAAGACAUCAUGGUCUAGCCACUUCACCUAUUCACUCUUGGGCCAGUGGGAGGAUGCUGGAAAGUAGCUCUGAUGAUGUUACAGAGGUGACAUCAAAACUGUCUAAUGUUCAGCUUGACAAGGUUUCAGCUAGUCCGCCUGCGCUGAAGCUCCCUCAAUUAUUCAGUUUGACUCCCAAUUCUUCUGGAAAAGGUGGAAAUAUGCAAAAGCGACAAACAAUAGCUCCUCAGACGAGUCAAGUGGAAAAUCUGUCUGAAAGGAUCUCCCUGGACCAGCCUUUGUCAAACAAUCGUCUAGAUAACCUAACUCAAGAUAGUGAUAGUUCUUAUGUUCAUAACUUGAAGAGAUCUGUAAGGGAAUCUGCUUUGUCAGUGCCAUCCUGUAAUUCAGAAUCAUCUCGAGACAGUCACUCUGAUGAAGGCUCUGAGCACUUCUUUGUGCCUCUUUCAGUAAGUGGUUUUUCUCGUUUAGUUGGAGAAAAUAAAAGGCCUUCAGCAAGAAGCAAGAGAUUGUUUGCAUCUCAAACGGAGUCUUCCUUGCAUGAAAAGCAUGCAUCGGAUGAUCAUGUUAGGAGCAAGUAUGAUGACAUACCAGAUGUUUUGGAUGAUCUGGACUCAUUUAACGAAUAUGAUCAAGUAAAUGGGUUUCUAUCAGCUGGCGGCUCAAAUAGUGUGGCAUCAGCACACCAAUCAUUUUUUGACAUUGAAGAUACUCAGGAUCAGGUUUUCUCCCCUCCUUUGCUGAUAGACACAUCCCUGUUAGAGGAUGCUUAUGAAGACUUGCUUGCUCCACUAUCAGAAACCGAAACUGCCCUAAUGGAACACUAAGAUUCAUGUUUGGACUACAAUAUUUAUCGAGGAGUUGAUUUAGACCAUUCUGAUGGGUUUCUUUUCACUCCUCCCUUGGGAAUGAUUUUUCCACACUCCCAUUCAUUGUUUGUAGAACAUGGUGAUCUAUUGCUCUUUCUCUACCAUCUAUUGCCUGGCUGUCUCCGAUUCUUUUAGAAUUGACAUGUCAUCAUUUGGAGGAUAUAUGAAAAGGUCGACAUAACCGUUUUACUGGCUUGAUGCUGGCAUGAGCUCAACGAGAUCAACUGAUGUCACAACUUGGUUCUAGAUAUUCGAGGUGUAUGCUCUUAGAUACCAUAAGAAAUUCCACUUCACUGGUAAGCAAAUACAGCUUUAAACUAAUACUUCUUUAGGUUCUUUUGUUUGUUUAUUUGCUUCUUUUUUCUUUUGAGAAAAAAACCACGAGGAAUAUUGCAAAAUCUUAAUUUGGCUGAUCCUAGAGAGCAGUACAGCAAUUUAUGUUGGCGUUGUGUUUUAUAUCAUUCCUCAGAAGAUUUUUUGUGACGAACUUGAUUCUGUGUAUCUAUCCAUCUCUGGUUGAUAUGUAUUAAUUGAUUGUGUAUUCUUGUGAUUCAUCACGGAUACGAAAAUCGUAUCGGAAUGUCUGAAUUCUUUUAGAGGAA